CUUUUAGAAGUUUGUUGGUGAAAAAAAGAUCAAACAUGAAACAUGCAGUUUUGUUUUGUCUCAUUCUGCUUAUCAUUUUCCAAACCGAUUGUGAACAAAGUACUAGGAAGCAAAGGAGGAGGGUACAUCAGAGAAGACUCAGGAAAAGUUCCUCACUAAACCACACAGCCAACAGGCAGCCUGAAAUUCAGCAAACAGCUGCUGCACCAGAAGCAAGGCUACUCACUGCCAACUCUGAUUACAGCGUGGAGGAAAACUUAGAAUCCCUUCUAAGUUCUCCUGGAGCAGAAUCAAGUUACAAUGUGUUACCAGGAAAGAAAGGACACUGCUUUGUAAAGGGCAUGAUCAUGUACAACAAAGCUGUCUGGUCUCCUGAGCCCUGCAGCACCUGCCUCUGCUCAAAUGGAAGAGUACUUUGUGAUGAAACUGUGUGCCACCCCAAGGCGUGCCCCUAUACCAUUAAACCAGAAGGAGAAUGCUGCCCCAUCUGCUCUGAUGCUGUAGCCUCCUAUUCUCUAAUCAGUGGUAGAACACUAAAUGAUAAAACUGAAUUUUCUGGUGAUUCUUCAGAACAAAGAGAAUCCAUUAACAUACUUCACAAGCAAGUGCCACCUCCUCAGAUGGAAAUGAACCAAGUAGUCAUAAAAGAAGCUCAUCAAUCUGAGGGUGAUGAGGAAAAAAUUAAAGAACAUAUGGAUCACAAGAAAGAAGCCUCUGGGCCUACUGAGCUUCACGGUGAUGAGGAAAGAGCAGAGGGGAAGCUGAGGCCUGAGGUGGAAGAGCGAUCAGCACAUCAACCACUCUACCAUGGACAAGGGGAGGAAGAGGACGAGGAAGACACUGAGAGGGGAGGAGAGAGGGAAGAGGAAGAGGAAGAGGAAGACGAGGAUGCCAUAAGAGGAGAUGUGUUCCGAAUGCCGCCCAGGUUAAUGCCUGCUACCCCAAGAGGCAGGCCACGCCUGCCCAGAAGCUGUGUCCUGUCCUACAGGACCAUCAGCUGCAUUCAUGCAGCCUUCACCCAGAUCCCACCAAUAACAGCUCCAGAAGUAACAAGUCUAGAGCUGGCAGGGAAUUCAAUCAUUUCCAUUCCGGAUGAAGCAUUUAAUGGAUUACCAAAUUUGGAAAGGCUUGAUCUGAGCAGAAAUAAUAUCACUUCUUCUGGCAUAGGUCGAAAAGCAUUCAAGUCUUUGAAGAAGUUGAUGCGUCUGAACAUGGAUGGAAAUAAUUUGGUACACAUUCCUUCAGAAUUACCAUCUACACUAGAAGAACUUAAAAUAAACGAUAACAAUCUCCAGGUUGUUGAUGAAGAAAGUUUAUCAGACUUAAAUCAACUUGUCACCUUAGAACUGGAAGGAAACAAUCUCAGUGAAAUCAAUGUCAAUCCUUUAGCUUUCAAAUCUUUGAAGAGUCUAUCAUACCUUCGUCUGGGAAAAAACAAAUUUAGAAUCAUACCACAAGGUCUUCCUGCUUCUAUUGAGGAAUUAUAUCUAGAAAAUAAUCAGAUUGAAGAAAUAACUGAAAUUUGUUUCAAUCAUACCAGAAAGAUCAAUAUGAUUGUAUUACGUUAUAAUAAAAUAGAAGAAAGUCGGAUUGCUCCUUUAGCAUGGAUAAAUCAAGAAAAUCUUGAAUCCAUCGACCUGUCCUAUAACAAGCUUUACCAUGUCCCCUCCUAUCUACCCAAGUCUCUAUUGCACCUAGUACUAAUUGGGAACCAGAUUGAACGGAUCCCUGGCUAUGUGUUUGGGCAUAUGGAACCAGGCCUGGAGUACUUGUACCUGUCAUUUAACAGACUUGCUGAUGAUGGUGUGGACCUAGUCUCCUUCUAUGGGGCAUAUCAUUCUCUGAGAGAAUUAUUUCUGGAUCACAAUGACUUAAAAUCCAUACCACCUGGAAUACGAGAUAUGAAAGCACUGAAUUUUCUGAGGCUGAACAACAAUAAGAUUCGGAAUAUUCUCCCUGAACAAAUCUGUAAUGUUGAAGAGGAUGAGGACUCUGCUCUAGAACAUCUUCACCUUGAAAACAAUUACAUUAGAACCAGAGAAAUAUCAUCCUAUGCAUUUUCAUGCAUAAGACUAUAUUCAAGUAUUAUUCUUAAACCACAAAAGAUCAAGUAAUUUCAAGUUUUCUUCUGCCGUUUAUAAAAUAUAUUCAUGCAUUAAAAUCUAAUCUCUUUA